GUACAGCAGGGGGCGACCUGCUCCCUUUACUCCCUUUUCUUAUCCGCCACGGAUAAGACGAAAUGAAAACACGAGGUUAACGCGUUUAUAUUUCAGUUAAUCAUACGGCGGUUUUUCGCUGUUUUGUUAAAAUAGAUAUGGAUAAAUAACAGUGAGGAUGUGUUUAAUACAUCAGCCGUACUGUGUGUUCGUUUAGGAGACCGGCUGCGUGUUUUAAAGCCUUAAAUAAAUAGCAGGUAAAUAACUAAACCCACCGGCUGCUGCGGGCUGAGGGUCUCAGACUGAGUCUUAUAGUUCUGUAGGUCAGCGCUGAGCUCCAGGUUUCCUCACCAUGCCGGUCCAGUGCAGCAGCUGUGGGCAGAACCGCGCCGCCCUCAAACGCCCCAAGACCGGCCACUCGUUGUGCAGAUCCUGCUUCUUCUGGGCGUUCGAGGAGGAGGUCCACCACACCAUCGUCUCCGGCCGCCUGUUCAGCCGCGGGGAGACGGUGGGGAUCGGGGCGUCCGGUGGGAAGGACUCCACGGUGUUGGCCCACGUUCUGAAGGUGCUGAACGAGCGCUACGACUACGGCCUGAAGCUGCUGCUGCUCUCCGUGGACGAGGGCAUCACCGGGUACCGGGACGACUCUCUGGAGACGGUGAAGAGGAACCAGCAGCAGUACGACCUGCCCCUCAAGAUCGUCUCCUACGAGGAGCUGUACGGCUGGACCAUGGACGCCAUAGUGAAGCAAGUGGGUCUGAAGAACAACUGCACUUUUUGCGGGGUGUUCAGGAGGCAGGCACUGGACAGAGGUGCCAUGAUGCUGAAUGUGGACAAAAUCUGUACAGGUCACAACGCAGAUGAUGUGGCAGAGACUGUAUUGAUGAACGUCCUCCGAGGCGACAUUGCCCGCCUGCGUCGCUGCACAGCCAUCAGUACGGCCAGCGACGGAGAGGGGGCUAUACCGCGCUGUAAACCUCUGAAAUACGCCUACGAGAAAGAGAUCGUCCUCUACGCUUAUUUCAAAAAGCUCGACUACUUCUCCACCGAGUGCAUCUACUCCCCCAACGCCUACCGCGGCCACGCCCGCACCUUCCUCAAAGACCUGGAGGCAGUCAGGCCUAGCGCCAUCAUGGACGUCAUCCACUCCGGAGAGAACCUCUCUGUGAGGGAGGGUGUGAAGAUGCCGGUGCAGGGGACGUGCUCGCGCUGCGGCUACAUCUCCAGCCAGGCCCUGUGCAAGUCCUGCGUGCUGCUGGAGGGCCUAAACAGAGGCCUGCCCAAACUUGGGAUCGGCAAACACCACCGGCUCCACGGCAAAAUCCUGGCCCAGCAGCCGCUGACGCAGGAGGAGGAGAGGAAGCUGAAGGCGGUGGACUUUUAAUGGGACUUUAAAUGGACUUUCUCAGACUCUCAGAUGGGUAGGGAGAGAAACAGCAUCGGAUUAGCUUGUCUUCUGUUUUUAUUACCUACUUUUUCUUUGCAAUGGAGAUAUUUUAUGCCAAUACUUCUAUAUAUUAAAGAAAACUAUCUCAUUUUA